GGGGCUUAUCAGUGUCCUUAGGGGCCUGGCAACCACUUCACAGACUCAGAUCCCAGAGCCAAGGCCACAGAGACAAACCUAUGUGACCAGAGUACUGAUGAACAAAUGCUCUGUGCUGUUAGUGACUCUUCUAUAGAAGCAGCAGGCUGCAGGGCACGCCAACAAUGAACAUAUAUAUACUGUAUAUGUACACAUAUGUCACAAUGGCAGGCAGUGGUGGAUAGCCACUCGAAAAAAGAAAAAUUGCACGAAAAGACCAAAGGCAAGCAGCAUUCGUUAUGUUUACACUACAUUUACUGAUAGUGACAAAAAGCCUGGCGGCCUGCAGCACUACACCCGGAGCCUGAUUUUCAGGUUAGUAAGCAGAGAGUAUAGCUGGUAUAUUAAUAAUGUUCAACCUGCACUACAACUCAACACUAAUUGACAGUCAGAAUAAGCACAUGAAAAAAAAAAUCAAAAAAAAAAAAAAAAUCAGGCCGUGCUAGUUCAUUUUAAAAUAUAUGUGAUUUAAAUUAAAUAUAUCUCUCCUUGGGCUCUCAAAGAAAAUUGUGAAGAAUUACCAUCACAUUUUCUCAGAGUUCCAGGCGUCUAGACCAGCAGUCUAAAACCUAAAGAUAAUCUAUACUUACAAUCAUAGCAGACUUUGAACACCAGCAAAUAUUCACAUUUUAAGAAGCUGGAAAAAGAGAAUUUAAACAAUUAAUCAACUAUGAAAACUCCUACAGAUGCUGAUCAAUGUCUGGCUUCUGCUAUAAUCCCUCCUUUAAUCAAGCUUUGCAUAAUACAAAGAACAUUAUUUUAAUUUUCUCCUCAUUAACUAGAAGCUAACCCCCCCUCCCCCGUUUUCCCUCGUGUCCUAAGUAAAUCAUUGAGCACCAAACACGUCAGAGGAAGUCAAGUUUUGACAAGGCCAUUGCAGGCCGAUGAUGUUGGCAGCGGUUUGGCACAGGAAUUCAGGAAGUGGUGCCUCCUAACUGAGCUGUGCUUCCUGUGUGAUAACUGACCCAAACAUGUUGUGCCUCUAUCACACACACGCACACACAUAAAGACAAAGCGCGCUCAGACACUGUGAGCAUACCAAGACUCUUUCAACUACACUGCGGAUUAAUGGGAUUAAAAUGUAGGCGCUCAAUGACGUUUAUUUCCUUGGAUGCGAUUUGUUCACAUUUGUACACAAAACCUAAAUGCCAGCGUGAUCUUCAACAGAGGAGGACUGAGGGUUCAGUCAGACCACAGGACAGUUAGCAACCCCCCCACUUCCUCAUCGAAAGUCGAAGCAGAGCGAGCGAACGCAAGUUUCCUGUGACGCCUCCGUGUCUCUGGUCAAUUGGUUUACUCACGUCCCUCUUCCACUGCGCUGCAUGGAAAGAGACCGGCCUCGUCGCAUCCUGGGAGGGGGGGAGCUCUCUGGUAGAUCUACGCCGACAGUCAACUGUUCAUCUGAAGAUUCUCUCCAAAACCUGGAUCUGUCAGGACACAAAAACACACCAGACCUCAGUUAUUAAUAGUCUUCAGAGGAAAGCUGCGAUGCAGUCACACAGUUAAGGUUGUGUGUGGGUUUGGGAUUUUUCCGCCAUGCUGCAGCAGUCAGACCUCAUCUUUGACUUCGCCAGUGACCAUGUCAAUAUGUCGCAGUUGGGGGGUUACUUGGAUUACCCUGCAGUGAUUGUGGAGCAGGUGCCCCAUCCACACCUGCUCUCAUAUACAGGUCUAGCGUGUGAACAGUCACAGACAGAGCAUCACCAGCAGCUGUUCAAAGUGGAGCAAUGUGAGAGCGGAGAGGAGGAGACCAUGGAGACACUUGUCGCUGCCGACUCGCUCCUCAACAUGGACUGCCCUGACACCCUCUCCCUGGAACACUACUCCCAGACCUUCUUACCAUCACUGGGUGAUGUCAUCACUACUCCUGUUACCCAGGUGACUGUGUCAGCGGAGGGGAUUGUGGGAGCUUUUGACCCGCCACAGUGGCACUCGUUGCACACAAACAAGCCUGCGGCACAGCUGCAGUCCAAAAAAAGAGGGAGGAAAGCUCGACAUAGAAGGGCAGAGUCUCCCACACCAGACAUUAUAGUGAAGAAGGACAAAUACAACAAAGGAGGAAACACGCUGUACCUGUGGCAGUUCCUGAUGGAGUUGCUGCAGGACCGACAGGUCUGCCCCCGCUACAUUAAAUGGACCAAUCCCCACGCAGGAAUCUUCAAGUUGGUCAACUCCAAAGCAGUGGCCCGACUCUGGGGCAAACACAAGAACAAGCCGGAUAUGAAUUAUGAGACGAUGGGCAGAGCACUCAGGUACUACUACCAGAGAGGCAUACUGAAUAAGGUUGAAGGCCAGCGUCUUGUCUACCAGUUCACCUCGCUGCCCAAAGAUAUGAUUUAUAUCACAGAUGGAGAUGGCAUGAAAGAGGAAGACGACGACGAUCACGACGACAUCAGUGGCAACGAUGAGGCCGUGAGUGAAGACUCGGAUGCCAGCACUAUACCGUCUAGUGACCAGUCGGUUGAGGAGGAAGACUCCCACCUGCCACAGAAGAAAACGUCCUCCUGCUCCUUCCGAGGCCCGCCCACCCAGCGGACCAGGCCGGCCCCCAGGCCCUCAGGCCAGCGCGAAACCGUCCUGAGGCCCGCCAGCACCAGCCUGAUCCAGGAGCAGCAUUUGCCUAUUGUGUCCGCGGAGAUGCUGCGAAGCCUGCAGAACCUGCAGAAGGUCCAGUCCCUGCAGCCCGCGGGCCACGCCUCGGUCUUCAAAACGGCUCAGCUGCUGGGGAGUCUGUGCGAGCGGCAGGCCGCCGCUGAGACGGCUGUGGACGGUGAGGGUGCGCGGGAGACGCCCAAUGGAAGGUCACACCCGGGACCCAAAACUUCCCAAGUGGAGGCUCCACAGCUGGUGCCCCUAACUAGCUCUCACCAAUAAAAAAAAAAAAGCUAUCGCCCCCCCCAGAAACGCACACGCACUCCACUGACUCAGGACCAGUUACAGAGCUGCGCUUUGCUGCUGCGGCGACGUCUGCACACCAGGGCCUGUGUUUGUUAAGAGUGGGAGUCUUGAUCUAGGAUCAUUUUUUUUAUAUUAUGAAUUUGUAACAAAAGUAAUUCUAGAUCACUACUUUCCUCCCUGAGUUGGCAGCAAACCCACAACAUUUCACAGUUCACUAUCCCAAGAGACUUCAAAAGCUCACGUGCUUUGUCUCAGCCUUCUGUCCUGCUCUCUAGCCGUUAACCCCACAAGACACCAAAGACAGACAUGCAC